AUGGGCCAGACACACUUUUUCCAUUUUGGGAGUUCUGCACGGUUAAUCACGGAGACUGACAUCACCAUGACAAGCGGCAAAUUUUGUUGGAGACCGUCAUUGUUCGUCAUUCUUUUGUUUUCUUUGGCAACGGCAAUAAACUCAGCAGAGACUAAUAAUCAUAUUGCCAAUACUUCCGAGGCACUGGAUACAUUACCUGUGGUCACAUCAAUAGUAGAUCAUAUCAUUGUGAAAGAAGGGAACAGUGUGGUCAUUCACUGCAAUAUUGAGGGACACCCCGAUCCUCAUUUUCAGUGGUACAACUCUAAUGGACAUCUACUUAAAGAGGAAAAUGCUGGAAAAUGGUGGAUUCUUGAUAGUGGACUUUUAAAUAUCACCAGUGUAUCUUUCGAGGAUAGAGGAAAAUACACUUGUGUCGCUACCAAUGCGCAUGGCACUGUAAACAAUACAGUUACUCUGAGAGUCAUUUUUACCUCUGGUGACAUGGGAAUCUACUACAUGAUUGUCUGCCUGGUGGCAUUUACCAUAGUGAUGGUUCUGAAUAUAACAAGAUUGUGUAUGAUGAGCAGUCAUUUGAAGAAGACAGAGAAAGCCAUUAAUGAUUUCUUCAGGACAGAAGGUGCAGAGAAAUUGCAAAAGGCUUUUGAGAUUGCAAAAAAGAAUCCCCAUCAUCACUUCUGCCAAGACACUCGAGCUUGCCAAAGUCACUCAAUUUAAAACAAUGGAGUUUGCAAGAUACAUUGAGGAACUGGCCAGAAGUGUUCCUUUACCCCCGCUUAUUAUGAACUGUAGGACUAUAAUGGAAGAGAUCAUGGAGGUUGUUGGCCUGGAUGAACCAGGGCAUAUAUUUGUAAGACAGGGAGCUGUUGGCCAGGAAGUUUGUGAUGUGGAUGAAGUCUUCACCAUCCCCAAUGCUUUGCAGCGGAGUGAUUCUCCAACAGCUGAGUCAGAUGCCUCCUCUCUACAUGAGCCUCCUCGGCAAAUUGCUAUAACAGUGUCUGUACAUCCUAUGGGCAAGAAACAGUGUUUAGAUACAGAAUCACAGGACAGUAUACCAUCAAGUGUAAAAGAUGACUCUACAUCAAUAGAAUGUACUCAGACUUCUGAAAUAACUGAACCUCCCCCAGAUAACCCUACUACGUGUAUUAUCUAUGAAAGCCAUGUCUAG